AUGUCUCCCAGUGUCAUCAUCGCCGAGCAAAAUACUUCGGCUACAGUAAAUCCCACGAGCAAGGCGACCACUGCAGUCGACAGAGGCGAUAGCUUCGAGAUCCCCACUGUUAACAUCUCGAGCUUUUUGGCUGACCCAGAAUCUCCCGAGGCUCAGGCCAUCAUUCCCAUCGUGCGGUCCGCCUGCCGCUCAACAGGGUUUUUCCAGAUCACUGGCCAUGGCAUUGACAAGGAUCUUCAACAGGAGGUGUUUGCCGGCGCAAAAAAAUUCUUCUCCCUCCCCUAUGAGACUAAAAAGGCCCUAGAUGCUCAUUUGAACCAGGGUCUUAGAGGCUACGACGUACUGGCCUCGCAGUCUUACGAAGAUGGCGUCCUGCCUGACCUCAAAGAAGGCUUCUAUACGGGCGUUGACCUGCCGGCUGAUGACCCGCGUGUUCAGGCAAGACGGUUCCUAAUGGGAACCAACGUCUGGCCCGAUGCAUCCUUGCUUCCCAAGGAUGAAUUUUGCAAGCCCGCUAAGAAGUACCACGACGCGCUGAUGAAGCUCUCUAUCAAUGUCUUGAAACUCAUUGAGCGCACGCUUCCGUACGGACCAGGCAUUUUCGAUGAAUUUAUUGCCAACGAUCCCAUCACACCGAUGCGCGUGCUACAUUACCCGCCAGCGCGCACGGAGGAGGAGAGAAACGGCACUACCCAAUAUGGUGCUAGCGCGCAUACCGACUUUGGCGCCAUUACUCUGCUACUUCAGGAGAAGAGUCCUGGGUUGGAGGUCCUCGAUUCCCGAACCAGCGAUUGGAAGCCCGUUCCACCAAAUCCAGACGUGUACGUGGUCAAUAUUGGCGACAUGCUCAGUUUCUGGACCAAGAACGAGUACAAGAGCAGCGUGCAUCGUGUUGUGAAUCGCGAGCCCGGGGACCGGUAUAGUAUUGUGUUCUUCUUUGAUGGAAAUGGUGAUGCAAAGCUAUCUCCGCUGGAUGGGUCGGAGGAGGAUAAUCCGCUCACUGUCGAGCAACACAUGAUCCGUAGGGUCGCGGAGAGCUACAAGAAGUGA